AGCGCUUCAAACGGACCUCUCGUGUUGAGGAUCUCAUUACGCUACAGUAGUAGCUCUGCCUCUCUGGACUACGGGUGUAGAACUGCACGCAGGAAUACAUUCAUUUUUCAGGCAUCUCUUUUGGGCAAUGAAAUUCAUACAGUGAACGUGAAGACAAAUAAAGCCCAACAUGACGGUGGAUUUUGAAGAGUGUGUCAAAGAUUCACCCAGAUUCAGGGCAAGCAUUGAUGAAGUGGAAACAGAAGUAGUUGAAAUUGAAGCUAAACUAGACAAGCUGGUGAAGCUAUGCAGUGGGAUGAUAGAGGCCGGGAAGGCGUACGUCACCGCCAACAAGCUCUUUGUCAACGGGAUUCGAGACCUCUCCCAACAGUGCAAGAAGGAUGAGAUGAUCUCGGAGUGUCUGGAGAAGUUUGGGGAGAGUCUGCAGGAGAUCGUCAACUACCACAUGAUCCUGUUUGACCAGGCACAGAGGUCUGUGAAGCAGCAGUUGCACAAUUUUGUCAAGGAGGAUGUCCGCAAGUUCAAGGAGACCAAGAAGCACUUUGACCGUGUGCGGGAGGACAUGGAGAUCGCGCAGGUGAAGAACGCGCAGGCGCCGCGGAACAAACCGCACGAGGUGGAGGAGGCCACCGGCACCCUCAGCAUCACGCGCAAGUGCUUCAGGCACCUGGCACUGGACUACGUGCUGCAGAUUAAUGUCCUCCAGGCAAAGAAGAAAUUUGAAAUCUUGGAUGCGAUGCUAUCCUUCAUGCAUGCACAGUACUCCCUCUUCCACCAAGGCUAUAACCUCCUUGAUGAGAUCAACCCCUACAUGAAGAAGCUGGCCGCUGAGCUGGAUCAGCUGGUGAUUGAUUCGGCGAUGGAGAAGAGAGACAUGGAGCACAAGCAUGCAACCAUCCAGCAAAGGACUCUGCUACAGGACUUCUCUUACGACGACUCCAAGGUAGAAUUUGAUGUGGACGCCCCAAACGGAGUAGUGAUGGAGGGCUACCUGUUUAAGAGAGCGAGCAAUGCCUUUAAAACAUGGAACAGGCGGUGGUUCUCCAUACAGAACAAUCAGCUGGUGUAUCAGAAGAAGCUAAAGGACUCUCUAACUGUGGUGGUGGAAGACCUGAGGCUCUGUUCCGUGAAACCCUGUGAGGACAUUGAGAGGAGGUUCUGCUUUGAAGUCGUCUCCCCCACCAAGAGCUGCAUGUUGCAGGCUGAGUCUGAGAAACUUCGGCAGUCCUGGAUCCAGGCGGUACAAGCCAGCAGCUCAGCCUACAGGGAAAGUCCAGACAACUACUAUAUUGAACAUCUGGACAGGACAGCCUCUCCCUCCACCAGUAGCAUUGACUCAGCCAGCGAGCCACGGGAGCGCAGCGUGAGAGGGGAGAGCAUCCUGCACAGGAUCCAGUCCCUCCCUGGGAACGAGCGCUGCUGUGACUGCGGCAUGGCCGACCCCCGCUGGGCCAGCAUCAACUUCGGCAUCCUGCUCUGCAUUGAGUGCUCCGGCAUCCACAGGAGUCUGGGGGUGCACUGUUCUAAAGUCCGUUCUCUAACACUCGACUCAUGGGAACCAGAAUUACUAAAGCUCAUGUGCGAGCUUGGCAACAGCAUCAUCAACCACAUCUAUGAGGGGACAUGCGAAGAACUGGGUCUAAGGAAGCCAGGGCCAAAUAGCACUAGGCAGGAGAAAGAGAUGUGGAUAAAAGCCAAGUAUGUGGAGAAAAAGUUUCUGAAGAAAAUGGUGGCUGGUAAGGUGCAGGUCAAUGGGGACCGCAAGUCAGAGCAUCGCUGGAGUGUGAAGAAGUGCCGGAGGCACAACAGUGCCACCACCGUCCCCAAAACCCGCCGGAAGUACCGCCAAGAGCGGGGUAGUGCCUCCGCUGCCAUCCUCUCCACAGCCACUGCCGCUCUGGAGAGGAAGUUUCACAGAGACUCCCUGUUUUGCCCCGACGAGUUGGACUCACUGUUCUCCUACUUUGACACGGGCUCUGGACCUCGCAGCCCGGCAGGUCUAAGCAGUGACAGUGGUCUCGGCGGUAGUACAGACGGCAGCACGGACAUCCUGGUGUUUGGCUCAGUGGUAGAUAGUGUCACAGAGGAAGAGUGUGAGGUGUCAGAGGACUCGAGUGGGGAGACGGAGCUUGAGCCAGAGGUGUCCGACCGAGAUGUGCGGGAGCUGCACCCCGGGGCGCUGCUCUAUAAGGCCUCGCAGGCCCGCAACCUGCCCAUCAUGGCCGAGGCAUUGGCACAUGGCGCAGACGUCAACUCCGUCACUGACAUGGACGAGGGCAAGACACCACUCAUCCAGGCUGUCAUUGGAGGCUCUCUGAUAGCCUGCGAGUUCCUGCUGCAGAACAGUGCUGACGUCAAUCAAAGAGAUGCCAAAGGCAGAGGGCCCCUGCACCACGCCACAUAUCUGGGGCACACGGGGCAGGUGUGUCUGUUCCUCAAGCGAGGCGCCACACAGAAUGACGGUGACGAGGACGGCAAAGACCCACUAAGCAUCGCAGUGCAGGCAGCCAAUGCAGACAUCGUCACUCUGUUGCGCCUGGCUCGGAUGAACGAGGAGAUGCGGGAGUCAGAGGGUCCGUUUGGGCAACCAGGAGACACCACUUACCUGGACAUAUUCCGAGAGUUUUCUCACAUGGCCUCUCACAAUCCAGAGAAGCUGAAGCGUCGAAGUGUACACUUCCGUCACUCCUUUAGAAUAUGAUCUGUGAAGACUGCAGUGAAAGUGGCAGAGAACCUACAAGUGCAGACCUUGGAUGCUGGGAGAGCCACAGUCAAAGAGCAAUUCAGCAUAGAUUAAUCUUACAUAUUCUUCAUGAUCUACCCUCUCAUAUUUCUCCUGCACACAUCACAUUGCACACCUAGUGCUGUAAAUGUUAGAACAGAACGUGUGAAUGCACAGUGAAAUAUGUUCUGAAGUCUGAAUUGCUACCACAACUGAACAUCACAUGGCUUUGUGCAGCAUACAUGAUGCAAGGUGACCUAUGCUGAAUUCUAAAUCUCUAAGCAUGUUUACACCACUUCUGUUUGUGUUUUGCAUUAUUAUACAAGGUAUGAGAUUGUAACUGAAUUAGUGUUUGCCUGUGAAAUGUUUUCAUUGUUUGCAAGUAUGGCUGGAAUUCAGUCUGACACGUUUGCUGUCAAAUGCUAUUGAUAAACGCAAUGAUUUUUUUUGAUGAUGUUGUACAAUGUAUUUUGGGGGAAUUUGCUGGUCUUAUCCCCCUUUUCAGUGCCUUCUUUGUCAUUUUUUCAUUGCCUGAUAUUUUUUUAGACUUUAAGAAGAACUUCACUAAUAAACUGUUAAAGAUAUGUAGCACCAUAAUAGUCAAACUUGCUACUGGUCCAGUAUUUGACCAGAUUCAUAUGACUCUUAAAUUCCAUGUGUUGGUCCAGAACUCAGUGAUCAGUGUUUGAACAAAGCAACACGUUAAUUAGGCUACUCAGUCAUCUCUUUAAUGUCAUAUUAAGUUUGACACUCCUUACUUUCAUUAAUAUUCUAGUUUCAAGAUGUUUCAUUAAUAGGUUACAACUAUAAUGGUCUGUGCACUUCUCUGUCAAUCUAUCCCAUGUUAUGCAAAGCUAGUGUUAUCAUCAGUAUGGUAUUCCAGAGAGUAACAUUUCAUGGCAGUUCUUGUUCCUUCAUUGACUAAGUGCUUUGAUGGCUAUGCUGGUAUAUAGUCCAUCUUAUUUGAUUGUUUCUGUGAGGUUACAUUAUUGCAUCAGUUACAUAUAUUGUAAAAUGUAGAGGCAAAUGCUAAUAUAUCUCAAAAUUGGUAUUUUGAAACAAAAUGGAGAGAAUGUUCAGUCACCUUUUGAGAUCAAAAUAAAGACUGCGUAUCUUUUGAA